GUUAAGCGCAGCACUUGUUAUGCGGCUGAGAAAGUAUUUAAAGUUAUUGUGUCUAUUCAUGGAGAUUUGAGUUAUUGUAUAAGCUGCAAUCAUAAGUUUUCUUUCUUUAACUCCUCUUGAAUUAACGCGACCAACGAGCUCCAGACCAGCGCUCACAGCAUACAUAUUUAUCUGAUGACAGAGUUUCUGUGGAGGAUUUACCAUAGGGUCUAAACAACUCAGAAAACACAAUCGCUGGUACAACACACUGGACUUCUAAGAACAAAACCUCCUCCUUAGAAAGCAUGACAGAGGUGAUGCGCUCCUGCGACUCUGCCAUGGAGGACUUCAGUGCAGCUCCUGGGGACCAGAGCAUCUCCUUCCAGCCCCCAGUUGACUCCCCCUCUCGAGUUCAGGUCUUUCCCGAUUCCCACGAGAGGUACCCCAAGCUGUCCAAGCGGCUGCCUUCCAUUGUGGUGGAGCCUACUCAGGGAGGGGACGUGGAGAGCGGGGAGCUCCGCUGGCCCCCUGACGACCUGAGUUCCACCCACUUCAACCCAGCGCCCCCCCUGCGGCCCCCUGCCACAGGGGGGGAGCUUUUUCCCACCUCCCCAGAAAUGGACAGGCCCCUGGGCGAGGACUCUGACUGAGGGCCGGGCAUGGCGACACUCCAGCAUUCACUGUGAAUACUUACGCAGGGGCGUGAAUGCAAACAAGGGCUCAUGUCCAGGUGCCUAAUAGGGUGUCUAAGGCCUUGCUCUCGUAUGCCUGGGACCCCUUUUGGCAGAGACCCCCUGUUAUGUUUUGGCAGGGUAUAGGAGUGUAAAAAUGUCCUCGGCAGCUCAGGCGUGCCAAAUUCUACUGUACUCGUAUCUACUCUAUUUAUAAUAGUUUUUUUAGUGCAGACCUACAUCUGUAUAAUCAGCAUAGCUGUUUUUCAGACUUUGUAAAUCUGUUCUGAGAGAUUGUACACUGAACUAGAUCCCUAGUAUCUUAUAGGCACAUUUUGCAAUAUGACAUAUAUAAUUUAUGUGUUUAAUGUAUAAAUAUGUACUCUGUUAAAUAUUCAUUUGUCCCUUUAUAGUAUUCCUUGAUAUACGUAAAAAUACUUAUGUUGCAUACGGUGUUAAUUAUAAUUUUCUAAGUAUCAUGGUAGGUCCAACAAUAGAAAUCUGAAUCCUUGCUUUGCAGCCUGCCACAUAAAAUGCCAAUAACUCUAAGCUCUCUUAGUACAACUGUAAAGAUUUUUGUCCAGUAACACUCCAAUAAAAUUUUCCCUUGAAACA